AUGCCACCCACUCCCAAACCCAUGCGAGAUCGACCGGUGACGAGGUCGUCGGCGACGCCCUCUCGACUUACCCUUGAGACACCACGAAAGUCUUCCACCCAGAGAUCGUUGAGAUCUACACACCAGACACCUCGAACGAUGCUCUCGUCCCUCACUCCAACCCGUACCCUCCGAUCGGACUAUACACCCAGUCCUUCGAACGGUAUGAAGCAACCCGGCUCCCCACUCGACCCACUCGUCCCUCGGAACAGCGGUUCUCGCCGCCGAGCUCCACCUAAACGACUCCGUCGAACUCGAUCUAGGACCACCUCGCAGACGUUCCUCGUUAGCACUCCCGAUCGAAGUCUCACCCAGAAAGAUGGGGAUGGAGAUGGUCGACCGAGCUACCACGAUCCGAUUUCUCGGUUGAACACCCCGUCCCGUUCUUCACCCGAUAUCAAGUACACCCCGCUCUUCGCCGUCCCACCUCCGACCGAAUCCACCGGAUGCAGUAUCACUGAACCCGCUGGAGCUACCUUCAAAUCCAACUCUUACCGAUCCGAGUCUACUCAUCCGAGCUUGGCCGGCGAAGCGACCAUCUGGACAGCAAACUUUCCUCUCAAACCGUUUGAUAACAAUACCGUUACCACUAUGAGUAGCAUUUCCACCGCUACAAUCUCAAAUGCGGAUACGGGUAUGGGUAUCGGUACAGGCAUGGGUAUGGCAUACCCUCGAGCGGUGACACCUCAAGACAUCCUGCUCCACGCCGCCACGGGGAUCUCUUACGAAUCGCCAUUGUUUUAUCACGACCCGCUCGUCACCCAGCUACACGAUCCUUUUCUCACUCCUUUACCACCACCUCAUAGCCCCGUCGAGGGUAUCUCGACUCCACUUUCGAUUCACAAUGGGUCCGGACUUGGAUCUGACUAUCCGGGCGUACUGGUUUACGAACACAACCUCAACGCCAAUGACCAUUUCGUCGAUAUGCAACCAUCCCUGGAUCCCAACCCCGGGCUUGGGGAACGAGGAAAGGAACUCGGACUGGAACCCGAAUUAGACCUGUAUUUCUGCUUCUCCCCGCUCGUCAAGGAUAUGGAGACGUUCGGAUCGACGCCUGUCGGUGCGUACUUUCAAGCGGCUGCUACGGAGGCGACUAAGGGGUCCGAGGCUGGGCUCGAGGGUCAGCUUGGGGGUGGCAAAGAUGCGGAGAUGGGGUGGGAAUCAGAGGUGGGCAUGGGGUUGAGCUCGGCGGGAGGAGGAACGGAUAUGAGAUUGGAGGUGGAAAUGGAGAUGGAGGAUGUUCGCGUUUCCCCUGGGCAAGGUCAAGGCGGAGAGGACUCACUAGGGAGAAACGGCCGGGCGGCGGAAGAAGGGGCAGACGGGACGAGAGAGGGACAAGACGGAAAGAAGGAACAACUUGAGGUCGUACAAGCGCUCCCGGCUGAGCCGACGGAAGGACCUGAAACCGACUCGGCGCUAUUGAAGUCGCACCCGAAUGUCGAUCCGAAAUCGCGUAUCGGUACUUCUACCAUUAUGGGACUGGUCGACUAUCCCUCCCCGACCCCUUCGCCGACUUUUGCCCAAGGUGCAACCCCAGCGUAUAUGCUCGGGCCCGUUUCGGCAAGUCCGGUUCAAGAGGGAGAGGCGUCGGAUGAGCAGAUGAGGCCAGAGCCCUAUGCGCUCGCUUUCGCGCCUGCUCGAGCUGAACAGGCCGUAAUCCCGGAAGUGAUCGUCGGUACGACGGUGUCCGAGUCGAUCGAGCAGGAGGAGUUGGAAAUCAAGGAUAUCGUCGAACCGAACGCUAUACAGGCGAAUAUUGAGGGAAAGAAGGUCUCAUGGCCCAGCGAUGACCCAAGAGAUGAUUCUCCGCUCCCGGGGAGCGGCAUGGAGGUCGAUACUGAACCUGGACCACGUACCGAGAAGGUCCCCACUUUCAAGCCUACGAUUCACCAGCUUCUAGGAGCUAGCGAGCCGACAUCCGAUGAAGAGCUCCGAGCGAUGAUCAUGAAAGUCCCUGACAAGCGAUACCCCUCUCGUCGUUGGCCCAGCGCCACCCCGACGUCAUCUUCCUCUUCGAGCCCUCGCAGACCAGGAACGUCCUUCUCUACCACGAAGUCCAACUCGAGCACCAAAGAUACAACGGAUCCGCACUCACCCUGCCUUCGGACUCAGGUGAAGCGUAAACGCCGACCACAACCUCUUCAGCUGAGAGCUCCGUCGCGGAAUCCAAACGCCAAGCCGCUGGUCGUCAAGCCGCACAUCCACGAGCUUCUCAACGAAGCAGACGAGAAGGAAAUCGACAUGCAAGAUGUCAGCGAUGCCGAGUCCGAACUAACACCUCUACCGGAAGAAAUCAGCUAAUUCGGCCGUGACGUGAAGAGAAGCGAUUGGAGAGAAGUACGCAUCAAGAACAAUACAUAGAAGAG